AUGUACACAACGCCGUUGCAGCGCGAGGCCGGAACAUCUUCGGCUAAGUCAGUUUUGAAGUCAAUAACAUUCGUACUCGCAGGUCGAACAACACUAUCAGAACAUUGCCCUACCGAACAAAUCGAGGUCGGAUACGCCGUAGCUGAACGCUCACCGUACCUUCGUAUAUAUCUCCCACAGCAUGUGCGUGAUGACCGACCUCUUCUACCCAUUCAGCUCGGCGACAUCGAUCCAGCAGGUUUCAAGCUUUAUAUUGAAUGGCUCACUACUGGCAUUGUCAAGUUCUCUGAUAAACGAUGCCUCCAGUUGGACUCCUGUAUUGAUCUCAUAUACGCACACAUCGUUGGCUCUGCGUUCUCGCAACGAAACUUCCAGGACUACAUCAUCGACAGACUAGCGCACGUCCUUGACCCUGCGCAAACGUUCGAUCAAAAAGUGCUCGAACUGCUUUAUUUGGAGAAACACGCGUCAACGCUACUUCGGAAGUUCGUCACCGACAGGAUGUUCGCGUACGACAGGAGAAUGCUGGGUAUGCUCCGCAAUUCCGUGGAAGAUGUUGUGACGGGGACUAGUAAUGUGAAGGGAUGUGAAUACCACAUGCACGAUGAAGAGUUUUGUUAUAAGCAUGGACGAGUGAGUGGGCUUGGAGAGUCUGAAAAGAAGAAUGAGGCAGGAGAGAAACAGUGGAGUAUCGACGAUGACCCGGAACUGAAUUCCACGGCAGCGCAAUAUCUAAGCAAAAAGAUAACCCCUUUGAGAAUGGACAAGUCAUCAAAAGAUCUCGCUACCAAGGACCGUUCAUUAACGGAAAAACGUCGACAUCAGCACGACAGCUUCGCGUCGCAGCCCAAAGAACUGUCUUUACAUAUCAUGAGCAACCGAGAUAUCUAUCACCAAGGAUUAACCCUACGAUCUCGGAACCUGCGGAGUCCCCGGCUCUCAACAAGAUCGUUGACUCCCAACAUAGACCUCGACAAGCCCUUACCGCCCACACCAGAAGCUGUUGAAACACCCAGUACGCAAGACCUAGUGCUCGAAUGCUUAGGGCGUCUCCCACCAGCAGCAGAACAAAUCUCGACACAAGACCUCGUCGACGCAUGUCUUGCCCGGACAUAUUUUCACCCUCUUAGGCCCAUCACGCCCUCGGACAACGAUGAAAAUUUGCAUCAGGUCAAACCAUCAACAUCUCUAGCUACGCCUAAAACCUCGUCUUCGCUCAAAUCGUCAACCUUCACAUCAAAAUCUCGCCUCUCGUCACCGUUAGACUUCAUACCACCCUCUCUCCGCCCCGAAUCGCCCCUACAAUACACAUAUCCAACACGCAAUCCAACCUUUGCGCCCCUUUCACAAGCACACCGCACUACACCUAAACCGCGUUCUCAAACCGCGAGCCCUAACAAAUUUCAUACCACCUCGUCACUCGCCCCGUAUCCUCCCAGGCCACACACCCCCGCAUCCCGCGACACCUCUUCACCCUCAUCAUCACCCUCGCCCUUCCCAUUUGCCUCUCCAUCACCAUCACCGCCGCCCCUGUUUCAAAUCCCGUACUACAUAUCCCCCUCCUCGCCCUCCCUCCCGCACUUCGCUCCAUUGAUAGUACGCAAGCCCGCACCACCACGCGGGGUAGAUUGGCUGGAGCAAUGAGACAGGUUGUUUGCGUUGCAAGGUACUCAAGGGUUUGGAUUGAGAAGGGGAGAGAAGAAAGAGAGGAAGAGUCGAUUUAUUGAGAUCUUGGGCGUUGUUGGUGGUAAAGCUGGUAUAUGGUCGGGUCAGGCUGGGUAGAGAGGAUGAAAACAGU